AUGAACACUCACACAAUUACUUAUCCUAAACCUUUAAUUCGUAUUAUGCAACAUUCAAAAACAGAUUGCUCAAGUGUUUCGUCAACAUAAUCUUACGAAUCUCAUUUUACAGAUAUCGAAAGACCUGAAAAUCCUAUGAUAAAGAAUUUUGUGGACAAUCAAGAAGAUGAUCUUGACAACUUCUUUGAUCAACUAGAAUGA